CUCUUCCAAGACGUAGACAAUGUUUCUCAAGAUUGCUUUGUUUGUUGCCUUAAUGGCAGGUGCUCUUGCUGACUCUAGCCCUAGAUACAGUCCUCCUUCUCCUUCCUACAACCCUCCUGCACCUACAUACAACGCCCCUGCACCCCCUCCUUCGGGACCUGCCAAAUACGAGUUCAACUAUGCCGUGAAGGACGACUACUCUGGAAACGACUUCGGUCACCAAGAGAGCCGAAACGGAUACGACACUCAGGGUACCUACUAUGUCCAGCUUCCCGAUGGUCGUCUGCAAACGGUGACUUACACCGUAAACGGCGACUCCGGUUACGUAGCUGAAGUUUCUUACCAAGGAGAAGCCCAGUACCCAGCCCAGCAGCCUUCUAGAUCGUACCAACCCGCUCCUUCUGCCUCCUACCAGCCCGCUCCCUCCCCAUCCUAUCAGCCUGCUCCCACCCCUGCCUACGGCUAAUUUAUUUUUAUAAUUAAUCUUUUAUAUCAGAUCUAUUGUAGCUGAACGAUAUGUAUGUAAAUAAACAAUUAAUUUAAAA